UUGCUCCACGCGUUUGCAUACGUUUAGCGCUAGCGUUGAUCGACCGUGCAAAGUACAAGUACAUGUACAUGAUCAUUGUGUGUAACAUCGAGUAGGCUUUCUGUCCUGGAUUCCACUGUUCCUGCAAAGACCGUUGUUAACUUAAAGGGAAACAAAGGAGAUAUUCAAGAUGAGGCUUUGGUGGUGCCUUGUUGCCCUGGCUGUGGUGCUGGACUGCUGCCCGGUGCAUGGCGAGGAAGAUGAGGAAGACUUUGACAUGGGAGACGAGGUGGACAUCGAGGAUGAACCCGAGCCAGAAGUCGUCAAGGAGAAGGUCAUAGUGCAAUACGUCCCCCCGCGUGCCAAGGGCCCCACCAAUUUCCACGAUGCCUUCCUGGAUGCAUCGGCCAUAGGAAAGAGAUGGGUACAGUCUUCAGCCAAGAAGGACGGAGUGGAUGCAGACUUGGCCAAGUACGAUGGGAAGUGGUCGAUAGAAGAGCCGGAAGACCAGCCUCUGCAGGGUGAUCUUGGCCUAGUACUCAAGUCCAAAGCCAGGCAUCAUGCAAUCGGAGCGAUGCUGGACAAGCCAUUCGUAUUUGAUGAUGAGCCAUUUAUUGUGCAAUAUGAAGUGAAGUUCCAGAACGGCAUGGAAUGCGGCGGUGCUUACAUCAAGCUGCUGUCCCAAACUCCAGACUUGGAGUUGAAAAACAUGCAGGACAAAACCCCUUACACCAUCAUGUUUGGACCUGACAAGUGUGGAAAUGAUCAAAAGUUACAUUUCAUCUUCAGACACAAGAAUCCAGUCACUGGAGCGUAUGAGGAGAAGCAUGCCAAGAAGCCGUCCGGCAACUUUGCUCGCAUCUUCACUGACAAGAAAACGCAUCUUUUCACUCUUGUGGUGAACACAGACAACAACUUUGAGAUCUUUGUUGACCAGGCCAGCGUCAGCUCAGGAAAUCUCCUUGAAGACAUGACGCCACCGGUCAAUCCGCCUGAGGAAAUCGACGAUCCCAACGACGAGAAACCAGAAGACUGGGAUGACAGGAAAAAGAUACCGGACCCAGAUGCCUCAAAGCCCGAUGACUGGGAUGAAGAUGCACCAGCUACCAUCGUUGAUGAGGAUGCAGUCAUGCCAGACGGCUGGUUGGAGGAUGAGUCGGAGCUCAUCGAUGAUCCAGACGCAGAGAAGCCAGAUGACUGGGAUGAGGAUAUGGAUGGAGAAUGGGAGCCGCCAAAAAUAAAGAACCCUCUAUGCGAGGAUGUCGGCUGCGGCAAGUGGGAAAAGCCCACCAUCCCCAACCCGGCCUACAAGGGCAAAUGGAAGCCUCCCAUGAUCGACAACCCCACCUACAAAGGGGAGUGGAAGCCCAGGCGGAUAUCCAACCCGGAGUACUUUGAGGACAUGGAGCCCUUCCGUAUGACCACAAUUGCUGCCGUUGGCUUGGAGCUCUGGUCGAUGACCGACAGCAUUCUGUUUGACAACUUCAUCGUGACGUCCAGUCGCGACGUGGCUGAUGAAUGGGCGGCAGACACCUGGGCGCUCAAGCAGAAGCAAGAGGGAGCGUCGGGCUCAGCGGAUAGCGUUGUGUCCGGCCUGAUGAACGCUGCCCAGGACCGUCCCUGGCUUUGGGCCAUCUAUGCCCUCGUCCUCAUCAUACCUCUCUUUGUCUGCUUCAGGGUGUGCUUCCGCAGGUCCCCAUCUGACGCCGGGGAGGCCAAGAAAUCAGACGCAGCCAGCCCUGACGAUGAGACCAAGGAGGAGGGAGAGGAGGGGGAGGAGGAAGAGGCUGGAGAAGAGGAGGAGGCAGGGGCAGCAGGGGAGGAAGAAGGGGAAGAAGGGGAGGGUGGGGUAAGACAACGCAAGAAGGCCACCAAGGCCGACUUGGAGCAAUCAGCCGAUCAGGAGGAUGCUCCAGCUGAGUCCACCGAAGCGGCUGGCGACACUGUCAGGAAGUCGCCCCGGAAAGGCAAAGGAAAGACGCGUAAAGAGUAACCACCUACUCCAUUCUUCCAGUUUUGCUGCCUGCAAGGAGGGCUUCUUGGGUUGAGGAUUAUACUUUUACCUGUAGGAGGAAUGAGUGACGGCAUUGUACAUGAAGUGGGUUCUGACUGGUUGGGUGUGGUUCAUGAUGUUUUGUACACCGAAAGCCAUUUAGGGGUUUAAGGGUACAAAAAUUACUGGACCACACCUGAUCGGUCGAAAGUUGUUAAAGCAUAGUAUUAAUAGUAGUGUAAAAUUCACUACAGAAAUGAAAUCUUUUGUUUGUAGGUAAGCAACUAGACAGUGCUUGAUAUUCGUUUCACACUGAGAAUGUGGAAUAAAGACAAUUUGGUCUAGCAGAUUCACUCCCCACUGUAUUGCAUUGCAUCGCUAAGUUCUGAAGGAUUUGCACCAUGGUAUAUCAACUGGUUCUUAUUAAUUCACAUAAUUUGUUGUUCCCUUCUAACAUGGGUUUCAGAAACCGCUGAAAUUGCUUCUAGUAGAUUUGUGAGACAGGAUUUUGCCUUUCAAGCCAUAUUGUCACAUGGUUGUAAUUGGUAUGCCAAUCCCACUCCUGAAUUCAUGUAGCUUGUAGAUGCUAAAUGUAUUACUGAACCCUUCAAAAUCGGUAUCAUUUUGAGCACCUCAUCAGAUGCUUUGCAGUGAUCAGUAAAAUUGAUUUACUUUGAGAUAUUGGCAGGGGCAUUUUGCAUCAAGAUUGAAUGUGUUAUGACCCAUGUGAAUUUGUGACGAGAAAGCUUUGGUGAAAUGUGAGAGGCACAAUUAGAACCAUUGGAUAAAGCUGCUUGCCACUCCAAGAGGGAAGAUCAGCCUGACGUAUUGCCCACAGUGCAAGGCCAAGUUUGAUCAGUAACCAUUUGUCAACAUGUUCAGUUUUGACUGGUAACUGCAUAAAAUAUAUCCUGGGUACCGGGCACAGUUGACCAAUGGUCACAUUGCUGUUGAUCAAACUUUGCCCUGCAUUGAAGUUACUGCAAUAUUAAGCUCAUUGGUGAAGUAAAGCAAUUGCUGUCCAGUGGUCUUAAGUUAUAAUCUCUGUCUGCUUGGCAAAUAUGAGCAUGAAUUUCUCUUUGCACAUUCUGUGGAAAACUAUUCAUGUACCCUAGAUUGUGGGAAUCACUGCAUGGACGCAAAAAUGUCCCCAGAGCUUUGCCGAGUCGCACCUUUUUCUCCAUUUUUGGCUUCAUUUUAAGCUUCAUAAUUAAUGUCAGAGCAUCACUGCAUCAAAAGAAUUAACAUUCUUCCAAAUCUUGGUCUGAUAUUAGAUGCGCAAGUACCUGAAAAAGGAGCUACAUUGAGCUGAAUUGAGCCACGGACCAUUUACCCAGGGAUGUGCAACUUAAGCUCAGAGCUGGUUCAGUGCGUGUUACGGCUGGCACAAUAUCAA